GUUGGCUCAAUUCAGACAUUAGUCUGGUCAGUGGUUACACCCUCAUCAUGUCCGGACGAGGCAAGCAGGGCGGCAAAGCUCGCGCCAAGGCCAAGACCCGCUCUUCUCGAGCUGGUCUGCAGUUCCCCGUGGGCCGAGUGCACCGCCUGCUCCGCAAGGGCAACUACUCCGAACGGGUGGGGGCCGGUGCUCCCGUUUACCUGGCGGCGGUGCUGGAGUACCUGACGGCCGAGAUCCUGGAGCUGGCGGGCAACGCGGCGCGCGACAACAAGAAGACGCGCAUCAUCCCGCGCCACCUGCAGCUGGCCAUCCGCAACGACGAGGAGCUCAACAAGCUGCUGGGCAAAGUGACCAUCGCGCAGGGUGGUGUGCUGCCCAACAUCCAGGCCGUGCUGCUGCCCAAGAAGACCGAGAGCCACCACAAGGCCAAGGGCAAGUAGAAGUCUGGCAUAGCGUGCAGCUUAUAUCUCCUGUCCAAACCAAAAGGCUCUUUUCAGAGCCAACCACUUUAUCACAAAAGUGAGCUGUGUCUUCAAGUGACAUUGUUCCAGGAUAGCAGCGAGAUGUUGAAUAUGAACUAAUACUAUAAAGAAAGUUUGACUAAGUCAUUUAAAAAGUAUAUUGUUUUAUUUUCCUAAGGCCCUGAAUUAGUUUGCCUUGUAAAGAACAAAACCUUUACUGAAUAAAUACAGCUUGAAUUUGAUAGACCCGCUAGGGCAAAAUUUGGAUAUCCUGGUGAUAACCUGUGUAGGAUUAAAUGUCCAUCUGGGACAAAAAUUGAGCACCCUAUGAUUUGGUCUUUGAAUCUAAGGACACCUCACCCUCCAAAAUGGGGAUGCUGUAGUAAUCCAGGCAGGUAAAUUCCUCGUUUCGGUAUCAGUUCAGGCAGAGAAUACAAUUCAUAAAGGACUGUUUACAUAAAUGGUAGUGAAGUAAAGGUGGUGUGGAAUUGAUUAGGAAGGUCGUGUGCCUUAACAACAAAUAUUACGAAAGGUGGACAUUGUAAAUCAGAUUCUUUACCUUACCACAUCAGGAUCAUAUAGUCCUGAUAUUGCCGAUUUUUGCUGUCCCCUUCCCCCACCAUCAUCACUCACAGCCUUCUCAGAUCACCAAGUCACCCCAGCUAGAGAGCCUUCAAUUCCUCUCCACCUAAGUGCACAUCAGCUAGUUUAGUUUUUCCUCAUGAAUAUAUCUUAAUGGAAAUGAAUUUCUAUGGCAUUUCUAGUCCAUUGGAAUAAACAUAUUUUCCAAGUCUUGAAAUAUUUGUAUUUCCUAUAUUUAAAUCUCAACUACAAUCACAUGCAAAUAAUAUUCCUUGGAAUAAAAGUGAUUGCAGCAAUCACAAAAAGGAGGUAAAUACUACCUUUCUUUCCUUUUCUUUUUAGUUUAUGAUUAUUUGAUGUUGCAGUACCCAAAUCCUGAUUUCUGUGAAUCUUAUUAUUCAGUUUUUCCCUCUUAAAAAGUCAUCUGCAUUAUUUGUGUAAGUUUUAAACAACUAUUUCUCUUAGAACUAGAAAUGUCAAGUAGAAUAAGUGAAAUAGCUCCAAAGGAGACCCCCUUGACUUCUUUCGUUUUUAAUAAUAUAAUAUUAUGUUGUUCUUAUUAUUGAUGUUGGUGAUGCAAUUACUAGCACUUGC